AUGGAUCAAAUUGCUCUUUGCAUUCAUGAUGAGUUUGCCUUGUUUGUUAAGAAAUAUAAGAGGGUUGUCAAAGAUAAAACCAAAGUCACUAGGAAUUGUCAAAAUCUUCCUAGUCCGUCUACAUGUGUGUGUCAAGACAAUGUUUUUAAAGAGAUGACUUUUUUGAACUCUUAUGGCUUUAGGGAGGACAAAAGUUUGAAGGGUCUUGUAAAGUGCUAUCUAUGUGGCGGUGCUAGUCACAUUGAUGUGGAAUGUGCAAAUAACCACAUGACAAAGUCUAAUGAGAGAGAAAAGUCAAUUAGUGCACAAUGGAGUGAUAGUGAUAGUGAUGAUUCCAACAACUAUAUCACUUCAUCUUAUGAAGAGGCAAAUAAUUUUGCCCUUGUUGGUUCUGUUCAUAACUCUAGCCUUGCUAGAGUUCAUGUAAUUAAGGAAGAAUGUGUGCCUGGAGAUGAUAGGCAGGAUGACCAGUCAUACAUGGAACAGGAUGACCAAUCAUACUUGGGUAUGUGUGAAAAGUAUGAUAUCCUUUUUACUAAAACUUCCAAGCUUAAGGAAAGAAAUCUCUUACUUGAAGGGAAGGUAAAGAACCUGGAAAUUCUUAAUUGCACUUUUAAAGAAGCAAUUAAUGAAUUAAGUGAAAAUGUUGAGACCUUGGAGAGUGAAAGAGAUUCAUUGAUUGUCAUUAAAAAUGACAUUUCAAACCAAGUGAAUGUGCUCAAGGAAAACAACUUGAUUUUCCAAGUCUUCAACAAGAAUUUUUUGACUCAAAUAAAUGAGGCAAAUGACACGGUGAUCAAGCUUACCAUAGGGGCUAAAAAGGUGGAUAAAAUGUUGAAUAUGGGUAAGGUUCAUGGAGACAAAACUGGUUUUGGUUAUGGUUGUUCUAGUUCAUGUGUUCCUCCUCCUUUGACCACAUUUGUCAAGGAGUCAAAUACAAAGUUUUAUGUUUUAGAGCCAACUAGGACUCAAAGAUUCAUUCCUACUUGUCACCAUUGUGGUGUGAAAGGUCACAUUCGACCUAGGUGUAAUGCUCUAUGA